AUGAAUAUCAAGAUAAUAUUGGAUGAACUUGCACUGAGGGGUCAUGAGGUGACAGUUCUUAGAUCUUCAGCUUCCAUCUUUCUUGAUCCCCAAAAAUCACCUGGCCUGAAGUUUGAGACUUCUCCUAAAUCUAUCAAUGCAAAUUAUCCCUGUGGUGAGCUGCUCUAUUUUCCUGGCUACAUAAUAGAAAAGUACAGUGGUAGACUUCUCAUCCUUCCCUCCUAUGUACCUAUUAUUUUGACAGGAUUAAGUGAUCAAAUGACAUUCUUGGAGCGGUUAGGAUAUAUGAUGAUAUGCUUGCUUUAUUUUGGCUUUUGCUUCCAGCCAUUUACUGAGAAGAAAUGGGAUCUAUUUUACACUGAAAUUUAG